UUUCUUUCUUUCCUCACGGGAAGUUUUGUUCUCACGCUGAACUACUCCUCCUCUCCCUUACUCUGCCGUUCCGGGCCCACUCCAGCCUCUUCACGACUCCCCCAGCAUGUCCUUUGACCCUACUGUCAUGCCACCUGCGAACGGCUCCGCCAACGGGACCGCUACUGGGGCUGAGGGCGGAAAGCCCCCCACCAUCCCCACUGUCAUGUUCAUCUUCGGUGUGGUGGGCAACCUCAUAGCCAUCGUUGUGCUCUGCAAGUCCAGGAAGGAGCAGAAGGAGACCACGUUCUACACACUGGUCUGCGGGCUGGCAGUCACUGACCUCUUAGGGACCUGUCUGGUGAGUCCAGUCACUAUUGCCACUUACCUGCAGAACCGCUGGCCAGGAGGACCAGCACUGUGUGAAUACAGCUCUUUCAUCCUUCUCUUCUUUGGACUCUCUGGCCUCAGCAUUAUCUGUGCCAUGUCCAUAGAAAGGUACCUGGCCAUCAACCAUGCCUAUUUCUACAACCAUUAUGUAGACAAGAAGCUUGCAGGACUCACGCUUUUUGCCAUCUAUGCCUCCAACGUGCUGUUCUGCGCUCUCCCCAGCAUGGGGCUUGGCAAGUCUACCUUGCAGUACCCUUACACUUGGUGUUUCAUAGACUGGCGAGCAAAGGAGGCCACGCAUGCGGCAUAUUCCUACAUGUAUGCCGGCUUCAGCUCCUUCCUAAUCAUGGUCACCGUGGUGUGCAACAUCCUGGUGUGCGUGGCCCUCAUCCGCAUGCACCGGCAGUUCAUGCGGCGCACGUCCCUGGGGACAGACACCACCUCCAGCCGUUUAUCUGACUUUCGCAGACGCCGGAGCUUCCGUCGGAUGGCCGGAGCAGAGAUCCAGAUGGUUAUUUUGCUCAUUGCCACUUCCCUGGUGGUGGUCAUCUGCUCCAUUCCUCUGGUGGUCCGUGUCUUUGUGAACCAGUUGUACCAGCCGGAAUCAGUGAAAGAUAUGAGGCAGAACCCUGACCUGCAGGCCAUCCGCAUUGCCUCAGUGAACCCCAUUUUAGACCCAUGGGUCUACAUCCUCCUCCGCAAGACCGUGCUCAGCAAAGCCAUUGAGAAGGUCAAGUGCCUCUUCUGCCGCAUUGGAGGGGCUCGAAGGCAGCACUCAGGGGGCAAUUUCAACUGUGUGGAUGGCCGCAGGACCUCGUCCGCCAUGUCAAGUCAGUCACCCUCCUUCAUUUCCCGUGAGCUGAGGGAGAUCAGCAGCACCUCGCAAACGCUGCUCUAUCCUCCGGAGUUAAGUGAAAGUAGUGUCAGGGGCCGUGUGCUGCUCCCAGGGCCCAGCGCCAGCUUGGCUCAGUCUGACACCACCUCAGUGAGGACACUGCGCAGCUCGGAGACCUCAGACUCCUCACAGGGUCAGGACUCCGAGAACGUCUUCCUGGUGAAUCAAAUGGGGUCUAGUGGCGGGGCCAGCUGUACAGCGAAGGGCAGCCCUCUGCAGGUCACCUUCCCCACAGAGACACUGAAUUUGUCAGAAAAGUGUAUAUAGAUAGCUGCGAAAGGCAUCAACAUUGGGGAUACUUCCCGGUACAUUGGAAAAACUGGUGCAAUAGAGAGGUGUUCUGCCAUUCAAGGGCAGAGGGGAUCAACUGUGCUCCAAAGGGCUAUUUCUUUUCUUGCCAUGUGAUGGGUAUGUUUCUUUUAGACUACUGAAGACUGUGUGGAGCAGAUGCUGCAUUUGGACCCUGCCAUCAAAAAUGGUACAAGGCAGGUCUAAUGGGACUGGAAACAUGAACUGCCUUCUGGGACACAGGGAGAGCUGCUGCACCCAUGGAAAUAGGAAGACCCAUCACUUUGUUUUUUCUUUCUCUUUUUCUUUUUUUUCUUUCU